CGUGGUGGUUCGCGUGCCUUGUGCUUGUCAAGAGUUGCGCGUCUUGCGAAUGCACACAUUUCAUCUCUGUCCUGAACGCUCGAGAGGCGUUGAACUCCGUUAACCCAGGCGCUUGACAUGCCGACGGAAACCAUUUGGGAUGCUGCAGUGCGACUCAGUAAGGAGGCCGAGAGAAAUGGUACCUCAAAGAAUAUUGAGACCACACUUCUUGUAGUUGGCAAUAAGCAGAGUGGGAAGACAACACUUCUGCACCGUUUCUUGGACAAGACAGACACGCCCAAGCCAUCGCUAGCUCUCGAGUACAUGUUUGGGCGACGGUCACAUGGUGCUGGUGUGCUCAAGGACAUCUGCCACAUGUGGGAGCUGGCUGGAGGUGCAUUUGCCACAGACCUGUUAGAAAUCCCGAUUACCAUGGAAACGCUGCAGUCUUUGUCCGUGGUCAUGGUGUUAGACCUGUCUGCCCCUGAGGUCCUAUGCAUCCUGUUCGAGACUUUACUCAAGGCGCUGCAGUCCCGAAUUGACCGAGUUCUCGACACCACUCUGAAGAAUGACGCGAGUAUAAACGAAGCAAUCCAUGAAGCCACCUUGUCUCGGCUACCAGAUGAGCACCCCGACAAGAAGGCAAUGACACCAUUCCCUGUACCACUACUGAUUCUUGGCUCCAAGUACGACAUCUUUCAGAACUAUGAGCCCGAGAAGAGGAAAGUGACCUGCCGCUACCUCCGGCACGUAGCCCACGCCAACGGGGCAUCCCUCCUAUUUACAAGCUCCAAGAACGAGGCCCUCAUCUCGAGGCUCAAGACGAGCCUCGCGUACCUGGCUUUUGGUUCCGGCUCGGGCCCCAGUAAGGCAUCACAUACGGAUUAUAACAAGCCCCUGCACAUUACGUUUGGGGAAGAUUCUUCUGAGAAGAUUGACGGUUCCACACCAGCCAGCUCGACUCAGGUUUCAAACUGCUACGCUGUAGUGAAGAAGGCGUUUACAGAGAUCUUCCCACAAGUGGAACAGAAAAUGACCAUUCCAGAAGACCCCAGCCGUGACCCAAAGUUCAAGGAAAAGGACAUUGAUGUCAUGAAGGCACAGAAGGAAGCUGAGUUGGCCGAACUCCGCAAGAGGCGCCAGGAAGAAGAAAGGGCAAAGGAACUUCCCGACUUUGACUAGACAGACUCUGUGGGUGACCAGGGGUCAUAUUGUGCAAUUAACCGUGUCGUUUUCCAUUCUUUUAUUAACCAUCAUGCCAAGAGAUCCAUCGCAGUGACUCGAUCAGUGGCUAUGGGGGUUGUACUGCUGAGUGUGAGGUUGCAGGUUCGAUUCCCAGCUGAGACAGUUGCAUUCCAAUGGAAGAGGAAUUCAAGAACACUUGUUUACUGUGAUUUGUGUGCACGUUAAAGAGCUCCCUGUUGGUCAAAGUAAAUCUGGAGCUCCACUUGCUAGUCCAUUGCGGCUGGUUCCUCAUGGGUUGUAGACAACUAUUUAUUUAUUUAUAUUUUUGUGUCAAAGAAGAAGAGCACAGUGCCUGUGCUUGGAGCAAUAUGCAAAGGCAGAUGUUCAAGCUUAAUGCAUUGCUUUUUAAUGCUGCUCUGCCCAUUGCCAUCCCCUUUUUACAUAAAACAUUUUAUUUAUAUUUACA